AUUAUAGUACACACCUGACGAACUCUACUCCGAACUCAUCAUGAUGCGAUCCUCGAUGAUGAUGAUGAUGCUCUUCGCCGUUUUCUUCGUAGCCUCCGCCGCUGCUAUUUCCUUGCUCACCGAUGACGACUAUGCCACUGGCCCAUUGUAUUCUCCGAAGUUCAAACAUAUCUGCGACCGCCAAUCUGAAUGUCCUGCUGGUUUCGACUGUAUGGGCUAUCGCUGCAUAUGUAGAAAGAUAUGGGAUAGAAAAACAAGACGUUGCCUCGAGUUCCCUACAACUAUGAUACCAAACGUUAUAUCGACUCCAAUGCUAAAUGCCGUGCCAAAUGCUAUGUCUACUGCAAUUCCACCUGAUAUGAUUGGAUCUACUGAAAUUGAUACCAUAACUGCUGCUACAACAACACAAGCUGCUGUCGAGAAACAAGAAGAAUUCAGCAUCCGUAAAAUGUUGUACCGUUUCUUCCGCACAAUCCUGGCCUUCGUCGUCUACUUCAUCUGUGCAACUCUUAUCUCUAUGUUGAUAAUUGCUUGUUACUUGAAACUGAUGGACAUACCACGGUGGAACUACAUGUGUCAAGCAGUCAAGCAAUUAUGGAACAACCUAUGGUCCAGAUGCACCCGAUCGGAACCCGAAGACAUUUAA